GUCCAACUUGACGAUGACGCCCAUGGGGGUGUCGGUGUCCGCCCAGCGGUCGCGGCGCGGCGGAGCUCCAUGGAACCCGCGGCGGCGGCGUCGUCGUCGUCGUCACCGCGAGGCUCGAAAACAACGAGAGGAACGACGCGCGGCGCCUCCAACCCCCCCCCCCUCUCCGUCGCCGCGUCCCCGGCAGCCCCCGCCGCCCGGUGCGUGUCGAAGCGCCGUGCCGCUCGGCGGCGUCACGUGAAGACGAGACGAGACACGAGAGAGACACGAGGAGGACGAGGAGGGAGGGAGGACGACCGCCUUCGCCGCCUGUCGGUAAACAAGUCCCGGGUACAAAAUGGCAGCCACGCGGCCCAGCAGCGCCUCUCGCCCUCGCGGCAGCCCCGACAAGAACUGCGAGAGACGCAGUCCGCAGCCAUAGCCCUACAGCGGUAGCAGCUUGACCCCUUCGCGCAGAGGGAGCCGUCGGCAGUCGUCGUCCCGUCGCCUGGCCUGACGUUAACCAGAGGCCGCGCUCGUCCCCGACAGCCCGAGAGCACGAGCAGCCCUCAUCAUCAUCUCGCCACAGCCCCGACCACCUUGACCCCUUAGCCCGCGACAUUAGCCCUCGGUAGAAUCUCUGACCAGAGAACGGAAACUUUGUCUCUGGUCCCAGCACCGACCCCUGGACACUGCUUCUGCCGCAGCCUUCAGACGGCCGCGGCCCAGACACCACCAGCACUUGGCUAAAUAAAGACCUCGCGUAGACCAAAACACCCUCCACGUGAGUCGUGAUACAGCCCCUGACCAUAGCCAGGACACAAGCCAGCAGCACUUAGCCUUGAAACAGCACGAACCAUAACACACAGCACGAACCAUAACAUCAGCACUAACCAUAACAUCAGCACUAACCAUAACAUCAGCACUAACCAUAACAUCAGCACUAACCAUAACACACAGCACUAACCAUAACAUCAGCACUAACCAUAACAUCAGCACUAACCAUAACAUCAGCACUCACCAUAACAUCAGCACUAACCAUAACAUCAGCACUAACCAUAACAUCAGCACUCACCAUAACAUCAGCACUAACCAUAACAUCAGCACGAACCAUAACAUCAGCACUAACCAUAACAUCAGCACUAACCAUAACAUCAGCACUAGCUCCACAACACAAACGAGAUACUAGUUCUGAUAGAAUACGGACAUCACAUCUGUCACAUUUGCUCCAAUCCCAACAGUCGCCCAACCCUCCUUCACCCGAGUACCACCCCUCAAUUCCCAACCCACGGUGGUGUGACCCCCUGACCCCAACCCCAGCUUUAGCCGCUGCCUAAACUAACCUCAAACAAGACCCGUCUUCGCGUGGACAUCGACCACAGCAUCAGCAGCAGCGUGAAGGAGGAGGAAGAGAUGGCCGAGGCCGAUGUGGAUCAGCUGGAGGGGGUGGAGAUCGACCCGGAGUUCGAGCCCCAGACGCGGCAACGCUCGUGCACGUGGCCGCGCCUGCCGGGCAAGGAGGCGUCGCUGCCUCCCGAUGGGGCCCCCACGCCGCCCGCCGAUGGUUUCGCAGAUCACUCGGGGGGCCCCGAGUUGUGUGGAGGUCAGAUUCCGGGGGGGCUGGAGAGCCCUCCGGGUCCAUCGCUGGGCAGCCCGGUGCCCUGCUCAUCCACGGGCAGCAGCGGAGGAGGUGGUGGCGUGACACCCAAGAAGACGUCGUCGUCUUCGUCGCGACGCAACCCGUGGGGGAACCUGUCGUACGCGGACCUCAUCACGCAGGCCAUCGAGAGCACGGCCGACAAGCGCAUGACGCUGGCGCAGAUCUACGAGUGGAUGGUGCGGUGUGUGCCCUACUUUAAGGACAAGGGCGACAACAACAGCUCGGCCGGGUGGAAGAACUCGAUCCGGCACAACCUGUCGCUGCACAGUCGCUUCAUCCGCGUGCAGAAUGACGACACGGGCAAAAGUUCCUGGUGGAUGCUCAACCCCGAGGGCGGCAAGGGCGGCAAGUCGCCCCGGCGCCGCGCUGCCUCGAUGGAGAACACCAACAAGCUGGCCAAGGUAAGGGCCAAGGCGGUGAAGAAGAAGGCUGCCCAACAGGCCGCCAUGACCGAAGGCCGCGCGGACAGCCCCAGCUGCUGGGCCACCUCAUCCCCGUCGCACACCAGCGAGGAUUUCGAGCCCUGGGCCAGCUACCGGACGCGCACGGGCUCCAACGCGAGCACGGUGAGCGGCCGCGUGUCGCCCGUGCGCCUUGCACUCGAGUUCGAGGAGGUGGCGGACGGGGACGGGGUCGGCGGCGGCGGCGGCGGCGGGGGGGGCGGCGUUCCUUCUGCCGCACCGGGGAUGUUCUCCGAGGCGCUCAGCAAACCCUUUCCCACCGACCUGCCUUGCAUCACCGACCUGGCCGGCACCAUGAACAUCAACGACCACCACCUGCGCGCGCCGCAGCCCGACAAGAUGCUGCCGAUGGGCGGCGAGCACCCCCGCUCCACCAGCCUCAUGGAGGAGCUGCUGGAGGACAUCAGCAUGGCGGGCGGCGCCAGCGCCGGCCAUCACGCCCAGCCUCCGCCGGGACCCGGAUUCACCUUCCCGGGGCCUUCGGACGGCUACGGAAACUCGCUGUUCCGCCCGUCGGUCGCCGGAUUGCAGUCGUGGAGACCCUCGCCCAUGGAGACGAUCCAGGAGAACAACCCCAGCUUUCCACCGCAAAUGGCUCAGUUCGGCUCCUCGCACACUUUCCGCGACCUGCUCGACUCGGACACGCUGCCCAACGAGGGCGACUACUCGCUCGGGCAGGCGGCGGGGGGGGCGGGGGUGCAGCAGGGGGUUGGACCCCAGCAGCAGCAGCAGCAGCAGCCCCCCUCCGGGCUCCGUCAGCACGCCGCGGCCGCCACCGCCCCUGGCUUUGCGCAGCGCGGUUUUGCCGUGCCCAAAUGCAUUAAGCAGCCGAAAAUGACAUCGCCUCCGCAGCCGCACAUGAUCGCGCUCAAGCCGUCGCCCCCCGAUAUGGUUCGCGUCUCGGGCCUUAAGGCUUCGCACGACGCAGCGGGACCUGGGGGGCCACAGGGGGACGGGCCUGCACUCAGUGCCCAGGAAAGGUUCCCGGCCGACCUGGACCUGGACAUGUUCGACAGCAACCUGGAGUGCGACAUCGAGUCCAUCAUCCGCAACGACCUGCUGGAUGCAGACAGCCUCGACUUCAGCUUCGAUUCGGUGCUGGCGAACCAGCCCACCAGCCGUGCCAUGUGAGGCCCCGCGCUUCUCCACGCCCCGGCCACACCAGAGAGGGAACCGCAUGCCUUCUCCGCACCGGCCACAGCGCAGGGGAUCCGACGGUGAUCCGCCCAGCAGCUACACACCGGGCCGACCCGUUCACAGCUGUGGGUUUGCAUCCGAGUCACAACCGGCCCCGCAGCCCACGCUCACGGUGCGGGAGCAAAGGCCUCGCCGCAGCCGUGAGGGCAGUGGCUCUGUGGGGCCGUGCGGCUCGGCACGCGGCGUGGAGCCCGAAAUCCAGAGCCUUUGGGCCAUUUCCCAAAUGAAGGAAUGGGGGCAGAAGCUGGGUUCGCUCGGUCGUCUCCCCCAGGGUUCCGGACGGAAGCGGGUGGUGGGAAGGCUGGCAGCGUGCAGCUACAAACAUCCAAACUAUGCAACAGCAUUGUCGAGGACGAUUCUAUUUCAUUAACAAAGCAAUUCGAGUCUGUGGCCACAGUGUAAAUAAUAGUUGGAAUGACCUUUAGCAUUGUCGAGGAUAGGAGCUGUUGAGCUGUUUGUGAUAACAGUGGAGUGCCUUCAUUAUAGACAUUUUUUUUACCAGCUUAGAUAGAAAAGUUUAAUCCAAAUCUUUCGGUUGCCAGGGCUGGCCAGCUGCCAGCGUGGAGUGGAUGUCAUCAUGUGUCACUCGCCUGACGCAAGUGCUUUGUUGAGAUCACGCAAGUGCCAUAGGAGUCGGUGCCGAUUCAUGCCUUAAUCUGUGCCUCUUCAGCCACACACUCUUUAGGCCUUUCAAUGAAACCAGUUGCAGCAUGGCCGGGAAACCAGGAAGCUGAUACAAAAGCCAUCACGUGAGACACGUCUCAAUUGUACUGUACAGUGUGUGCACAGGUGUGCGGAUAAACACCUGAAUAGUUUAAAAAAUGUAUGUAUGUUUGCGAUAGAUGCUGAAAAUUAUAUAGCUAUUACUAUAUUAAUAGUAAAUAUUUUUAACGUGCUGUUUUCGAAGAAGUGGCCCCAAAGCAAUAUGUCCUUGUUGUGACGCUAGAUCAAUUGAAUUUAUUUGGGAGGAAAAAGUCCCCAAGUGGAGAGAGGUGUUAUUUUGGUGUUGGUGCUAGGAGAGGGUUGCGCCUGCCAUCGCCUGCCCACGCUGCAGCUUCGGCAUUUCGUGAGCGGCAGGGUGGCUGUUGCGUUGGCGCGCCCGGGAUGCAGGGUUACGGAUCAGGCACGCGUGCGCUUUUGAAUUACUUAAUGCCCUUAGAGAUAGCCAAGAAUUUUUACUGGGACUCGCUUUACUAUUUAGAGCAUUUAACCAAUAUUAAUUUCUCUUAUUUUGGUCACUAAUUCGCCAUGAUGAACAGAGGCCGCUGUGUAGUGGUGGUGGGUGCCGGUGGCCGGGCGGUGGCUGGGCGAGUGAUCGACGAAGCAGCCCUGCCCAGGUCAUCCUGCAGUCUCCCCCGUCCACGUACCCGCGUGGUGCCACAAACCGUGUACUGCAUUCGUGACCGCUGCAGCAGCAGUAUUUUAGUGUACGCAGCAUAUCGCACCUCUGUAGAGUUUGCACACUUUACCUCGGCGUGAUUUCUAGAGAAACUGGAGAAUAGCGGCGGUGUAGGUGGGGGGUGGCGGUGGCCGAGCGGGCAAAACAACGAUGAUCACCACGGCGGCGGUGUCGUAAUGUCGCCGAGCCUCGGCUGCCACGAUCCAUGCCGGUCUCAACAUUGCCAUCACCCCCCCCCCCGCAGCCAUGCCACGUUUCCCUGGACGUGGUGACAGUCGAGUUACCGUCUGUGCGGAUUACCACCACGGCUUUUACGAGGGACGUAACAGAUUUCCAUCCCCUCCCCGAUGACCGCUGAUUCUAUGAAUUGUUACAAUUCAGGGCUGUGGUUCAAGAGUUGGUUUGUUCUGGGGAUCUUUGCCGUCUCGUUUGUGUUUUAUCGUUUCUUUCAAUUUUGCGUGUACAGUUUUGUUACGUUCGCUUAAAUAUGACAAUAGUAUAACAAUUAUAAUUUUCAUCGCAAUUAUAGAUUUUAAUCGAUGAAUUGAUGCAACGUUACAUGCCUACAAUUGUGGGGUGUCUUGGAACAACGUGAUAACCCACAACAUCUCUUGGUAGAGAAAGCAGUUGUUGAGAGGUGGAUUAAGUUGAUCAAAAAAUUAUCAGGUUAUUUGUGCAGCCAUCUGGAUAUGAUUUUUAAAAAAAUAUUUAACUCCAAAAAGUGGAUUGUAAAGUGUUCCAGUGACACGAGCGUGAGUUAUAUUGAAUAUAUAUGUGGGUUAUUAAGUUCUUCCAGGACACCCCUCAAUUUACCAUUUGAAUGGUACAGUGUGUCCUCGAAAUAAUAUGGGUGGAUAGACCGUGUCCUGUCGUGAAGAUUUUUGGAGGCCCCUAAAAACUGAAAAAACGGAACUUGAAAAUCGUGCUGCCAAAGUUCAAAAACUGAACAGCGCGCAGAGCAGCGCUUGUGGUCAGUUGCAUCUCCACGCAGAUGCAUCAUGCGCCAGGCAGUCUUGGUUUAGUACCAUACUGCACAGUAAUUGCUGUACUAUUUGUUCAUUCUUUUGGCUUGCUUUUUUACCAUUUUGCUUAUGUUUCAUUUGUGAUAUAGAAGGCAGUCUCGACAACAUUAAAACUCGGGCUAAAUUUGGUGUUCAUUGAAAUAACAGGUGUUUUUUUUGGAACAGUGAUAACCAAAAUAGUCUGGGGGCCACCCACCGCACAUUGUGAAGUGUGACGUUUGUUCAGAUAAGCAACUGAACCGACGUGGCUCUGAGAAUGCCCUCAUCAAUCAAUGGAAGGACAGAUGUUUGUAAAAAAAAGAGUAGUCCAUAAUUUCGUCUUCAUGGAAAUAAUGGGGGUUUGUCAAGAAAGCGGAUAUACUGGGGAACGCCACGCCUGAAUGAGAGCCCAGUUUUUGGAGGACACAUUGCAGGAACGACCGACGGGAGAAUUCCUUCAGUGGCCUCCACGCAGGCGGGUGCAGGCAUUGGCUGAGCCGGCCGGAACACUAAUGAGACACAAAGGGAAUCGUUUGAGCCAAUAACCGUGCGGCAGGAACAGCGCGGGCGGGACGCGGAACGCACGGUGACACACCUGUUGUGGGGGGGUAAGGCGAGCGGUUUAAGUCUCGCGACGCUUGUGGUCUUAACUGAGCUAGUUUGUGUCAAAAUAUCGGGUUUUAUUGUGUAAUCUCGUACUAAGACAAUCUGUGAGUAAUGCAACUCUAUUUUGUAAUGAGCUGAUUUUUUUUUUUUAAAGAUGUAAUUUUGUAAGUAAAGCUUUGCUACAAAGUAUGUUCAUAGACAAUCUUGUAAAGAAUUUAUACUGUAGUGCGGGGUUUUGCUGUGGAUCCGGGCGCACUGACCCAGGAGCUCUUGGCCUGGAGCCCAGGAAACCACAGCUGCAGAAACUUAACAGUUAACACUACAGUGGUGACAUUUGCAUCGCGAUGACAUCUCUUUGGUGGUAACAUCACGAGAUGUGACGUCACCACGGUGGUGACAUCGCUGCACUGAUGUUUAUAGCGCCACUGUCGGCAUCACACAUGGCGACGUCACUUGGCGGUGACACCUGCACAGUGGUGACAUCACUCUUGCGAUGACAUCAUGACUAACGUCAGUGGUGACACCACUGGAGUGGCACCAUCACUGUGGUGACACCUGCACAGAGGUGUUCUUCACUGUCACUGGUGGCAUCACUGCUGCUGUGGUGUGUGGAGGCAGCACGGUGCAUGUUCCCAUGCGGGGCCGGAUGUCUGCAGAGGCCAUUCCUUCCGCCUGGGUAGCGGUGGCCAUUGCUUCAGUUGGGCCUAACGGAGGUGGAGGAGGGGAGACCAUGCCACAUUUAAACUCCCUAAACCACCAUGGGAACCUCAUUUGCCAGUAAAAAUAUGACAAUUGGUUUUUUACCCUUCUAUCUGGCAACAAAACUGACACCUUUUUACAAGGAGUCAUGUUUGCAUAGACCACAAUACCUGCAGUCAUAAUGCAAACAAAAAACAUAACUCUGAUAAUGUGCACUGUCCUUGAAGUUGAUUGGUCCACACCCGAGACAGCUUUCCUUAGAGCCUAGUCUCACAUGGGUUGGACCAGAUGACGCCCUAAACCAGCCCAGCUCUCGCCUACAUUAUGGGUGCGGGCGGUUAGAUUCCCACCCGCGGUGCAUCUGAGAAGUUCUCAAAUCUGCCUGGUUGGGAAAGUCAGGCUGGCAGCACAGCGGCUGUUUCUGCUAUUUACGUGCGGUUACUUUAGAAUGGGGUUGUUAUUCCGUCAUUGAUUUUAUUUCAGAAUCUUUUACGAAAUACAUUUUUGUUUCUGAAAAUCGUGGACUCUAUAAUAAACUUUGGUUACAAAUCGAACCAAUUGACAAGCAACAACGUUCAAGCCGUACGGCAACCCAUUCUAUACACGGUAUGUAGAAAACAAUCUUACAGCCCUGUCACAGUCCACACUCGCCACUCCGUGUCAGUCAUGGGGCUCAUUUGACCAUACUUCACCAUGCUGGCCAGUGCGGACUGGUAACAUUUGACAAACCGAUAAUUUUAAAUUGUAAUAUUUUUUAAUGAGAUUAUCCAUAACGCUAAGAAACCCAAAUUAACAGCCCUACUUGAGAAUGCGGAGCUAACGUGCAAAGCCUUAGCGUUUCCCUCCAUGUUUUACUGUUGUCUGCCGCUAUUGCGCGUGUAAGCAGCAUGCGAGUGUAAUUUCUUGACGUUUAGUUGCUGGCGCUUGUCUGUGAAGUUGAUGUCGUGCGACGGGGACUGUAUGGUCCAGCUGUCGCUACUGUGGUGUGCACUAAGCUUAAAGCGGAGAUUUGUUAUUAUUGUGUUACGCCUUAAUUGUGUGCUCAAUUCAUUACUUUAAAUCUGGUUUAAAUUUGUAUGAUAUGUAAUAAAUACUUAUACUGCAA